AUGUGCGGCUCGCCGGCGCGUGCCGGCGCGUGCCGCUGCGGCGCCGCCUACUUCACGGCCGAGGACCGGUACUGCAGCAGGUGCGGCUCCGCCCGCGCGCCCGAGGAGACGACCGGCGGCGCCGCGGGAUGUGCGGCGGGCGGCAGCGCGGGCGCCGGCUGGCGCGCGGUGCGCGAGGCGGCCGCCCGCCACAGGGCGACGCUGCCUUGCGGCACGUCGUCGGGCGCGCCGCCAGAUGUGCCCGGCCUCUCGGAGGAGGCGGGCGCCGCCGCCGCAGCGCCGUCUGUGCCGCGUCGGGCGUAA